GCAACGCGUCAGUCGCAACGGUCCUUUCAACGUAAGCUAUGUCAUGCUCUCUUCUCUUUUCUUCUUUCUUUUUUAAAAGCCUUCAUGCUAUCUUGCACCAUUUCAUUUAUUAACUUUGAAAAGUGUAUGAUAUAUCGGUUUAAAAUUCAAAGAAAAAAAUUGAAAGGAAGAAAAUAAGAACUUUAUUACCAUUUGCGAAGAGUUGCAAAAGAUUAUCACAGAGAACUGUUCAAAAAUGACGAGAAAAUGGAGUGGAGAAGUGGUUUCAAUGAUUUUGAUUAUUUUAAUAUCCUUUCAUUUUCAACCAAAUGAUAGCCUAGGAGACUUCACCUUUGGUGACAUCGGCGAAAUACUUAGAUUUGGCCAAGAAACUAUACAUAAUUUGCUCCAAACUUUGGAUAUUAUCGCAGAUACUGUACCCGGUGCGGAAGAUAAUAUUGUAUUUGUAAAGAGAAUGGAGAAGGUACUAAAAAAUCGCAUAAACGAGGUGUCGCAUAAACUUGAUAUUUACGAGGAAAGGACGCAGGCUAGAACACAGAAAGUAUUAGAGCAACUAAUGUCUAAUUUACCAAAGAAGUUAUCUAUGGAAGAAAAUUUUCGUGAUUUUGAUCACUACGUCGGUCAGAUCAAUGACCUUUACGAUGUAUUUGUGAAGUAUGCUACAGCGCCUGAAACAUACGAAAGAUUUACGCUCGAAGAUUUUGCAAAAGCCAGUAUCUCGCCUGGUCUAGGUGCUCUUCCGGAUGUAUUAAAAACACUUCAUCGUUUAGUCGUUCCGACUGAAUCACAGCUAUACAAUAGAAGUAUUAUCAUCUCUUUCUCAAAUCAAAUGAAGGAAGCUUCAUCUCAAAUCUGUAGUGAACAACAAUCUCCACAACAAUUACUAUUCAAUUUGUACAAUGCUAUUGCACUUACAGAAAUUAAAGGAUAUACAAUGAUGCAAUUUUCUUAUAUGUUGUUACGAUUAUAUAUCAAUGGUUCAAAUUUUAAUGAAGAAUUGGAAUUAUUAAAGCAACAAUAUGCUGAAAGAACAUCGGAAAUAUUAAGGGCAGUAAAAACUGCAAUGGCUUUUGCUCCUCAGGAAUUUUGGAGAUGUGAUCCAACUAAACAUGAGUCGGACAAGACAUAUAUGGAGCUAAAACAAUUGUUUCAAGGGUAUAUUGUUAAUGAAGUUGAUAUGAAUAGUGAAUCUACAUGUAGAGAAAACUGUGCUUACUAUGGAUAUGCAAAAGUUCAUGGAUGUUAUGACAAUCAAUUCUGUGCACAACAACGAACAUGUGGUGGUAAACUUGUAAAUUGUGAAUACAUUGACUCUGAUAUGUGGAUUUGUCCUUCGAAAGCCAGUUCAAGACGAUAUGAAUACAUAGAAUAUGAAAAUGGUAAAAUAUAUGGACGAAAACAGACUUGUCAAAAAUCUCUUACUAAAAUUGAUAGCUGGUGGCGUUGGCUAUUUUGGCAUUGCAGUUAUUGUUUUUGUUAUUGUGAUGAUCAUAAUUCAAGGUCAGAUCGAUAUUUUAACCUACGGCCAGUUAUGGCAGAUAUUAAAAAUAACAGAGUAAUAACAGGAAUCAAAUUAACUAAAUUAAACCAAAUAAUACAUAUUCAAAUUCAAGAAGGAGAACUGCUUCCACGUGGAGAUAUAAAUUCAACUACUGUUACAUGGAAGCCAGUAGAUACAUAUACUGUUUACGAUUCUGAUGUUAAGAAUGGGAUUGAUUAUCAUACUAUAGUGUGGGAAAAACGAGCAAUCGAUAUGGAUGAUUUAAAAUCUCCUGAAAAUCAUCUUUUAACGGGCAUAAAACUACGUAUGAUUGGUACUCGCUUAAACUUGGAGAUAAUGGUAACUCCAUUCAAUUUCACAACAGGCAAAUUGAUACAACCAAUACAGAAAAGUUAUUGGAUAAGUAAUGACAUUACUGACAGGACGGAAUUAAAACUCAAGAAUCCAGAUAUUCCAAUUCAUUCAGAGUUACAACAUGUCUCUGAUUCGGAUGUAAAUCAAUAUCUAAACUUCGCUCCUAGUGAUCGCGAAAAAGAUGCUGCACAGAGUACUAUACCAUUUUUAGACAUUCAACCAGUGGAGCCAAACCCAUCAAUACCUAUAGCAGGUGCUGGGAUUUUUCAUAAGGGUAGGUCAGGCUCUGGAGGAUUUCUUGCUUUAAAAUUAAUAACGUAUAAUUUUGCUCCACAUCUACAUACUGACCUGCCACCUUCACCACCCGUUAUUGAAACAUAUAAUGAAAUAACAGCAGUACUCAACUAAUUUGUAUUAAAAUUUUUUUAAAUAAUUAAUAUUACUCUAGAACAAUCGUAAAUGUAGUUUAAUGAUAGUGUUAUUUUUCUUUUAUAAUACCAAUUCAUAUAAAUAGAAUUAUCUUAUCCUUAUUCCAAAAAAUUUGUUUUAAAACUAUUAAUUUUGUACGUAUACAACUUUUUAAAAAAUAUAAACAAAAUAAAUAACAAUAUAAAUAAUAAUAAGAAGAACAAGAACAGUAAUAUUGUGUAUGUUGGUUUUAUAAAUUUUUUCUUUUUUAAUAAUUUAAGUAUAAAUUAUGCAAUGUUUACUCAUGUACAAAAUACUAUGUGUUAUUUAUAACGCAUGUUGAUUUUGUAAAAUAGACAUACUAUUUUUUAAUUCUA